AUAUGAAGAGUAUAUUGACGAUGUAAGAAGAGAAGAGCCUGAGAAAUACCAAAGAUUUAAGAUGUAUUUCUCAUUUUUGGAUGCGUAUGUGAGAAGUUACCACAACCUGUUUCAUGAUGGUUGUUGGUAUUAUCAAAACAGUUGGGAUUUAUUGCUAUGGAGAAGAAAGCAAUAUGAAGAGGAUUUUGAAUACACAAUAGAAGUUUUGAAUAAAAAUUUUAGUCAUAUCUACCUGUUGGACUAUAAUGAUUUGUUGGAUUAUGCUGAAAAUAAUUUAGUAUUUUAA